CCUCUAGUUCCCACAGCCAUUCCAGAUUUAAAAUGCUCAACUAAUCUUACACUCUUUCUCUCUCUCAGGAGACGAUCACCAUGGCGAUAUUCACCAUCAUUCUGCUUGUCAGCACGGCUUUUGCUCUGGGAGAUGCUACGAUACGACCCAAGACCCCAUGUGAGGAUGCUAGAGAUGCCGCUUUAAAUGGCUCAAUUGGAGCCUACGUCCCCACGUGUGAUUACAAUGGACAAUACACCCCCGAGCAAUGUUGGGGCUCUACAGGUUACUGUUGGUGUGUGACCAGUACCGGACAGAAGAUCCCGGGUACUGAGACUCCACCAGGCACUGCUAUCAACUGUUCCACCAAG